AUGGAAGUUUGCAAUGAAGUUUUGGAUUAUGCUGUUGAUGGAAUUCAUAAAUCUGUUGGUGCAGUGGAUAAAUUUGAUAUUAAUAAGAUACAUGAAUAUUCUUAUGAUCUCAAAGUUUGGUUAACCGGUACACUUUCUCAUCAACAAACAUGUUUGGAUGGUUUUGCAAAUACAACAACAAAAGCCGGUGAAACAAUGGCUAGGGCUUUGAACACGUCUAUCCAAUUAAGCAGUAAUGCUAUUGACAUGGUUGAUGCUGUUUAUGAUUUAACUAAUGCUAAAAGGAGGCUUUUGUCACUUGAUAAUGGUUAUCCUUUAUGGGUUAGCGAAGGGCAAAGACGACUUCUUGCUGAAGCAACUGUUAAACCUAAUGUUGUUGUGGCUCAAGAUGGAAGUGGACAGUUUAAGACAUUAACUGAUGCUAUUAAGACUGUUCCUGCCAAUAAUGCACAGAAUUUUGUGAUUUAUGUUAAGGAAGGUGUUUAUAAUGAGACUGUUAAUGUGCCUAAGGAUAUGGCUUUUGUUACCAUCAUUGGUGAUGGUCCUGCAAAGACCAAAUUCACUGGUAGCCUCAAUUAUGCGGAUGGUCUCCUACCUUACAACACUGCAACCUUCGGUGUUAAUGGUGAAAACUUCAUGGCAAAGGAUAUCAGCAUCGAAAACACAGCAGGACCAGAGAAACAUCAAGCAGUUGCACUCCGAGUAACAGCAGACAAAGCAAUCUUCUACAACUGCCAAAUAGAUGGUUACCAAGCAACACUCUUCGCCGAAUCCCAACGUCAAUUCUACCGUGACUGCAGCAUCUCUGGCACAAUCGACAUGAUCUACGGUGACGCCUUUGCAGUUUUCCAAAACUGCAAACUAAUCGUAAGAAAACCAUUAGAAGAACAACAAUGUUUCGUAGCUGCCGAUGGAAGAACCAAAUCUGACAGCUCAAGUGGCUUUGUUUUCCAAAGUUGUCAUUUCACAGGUGAACCAGAAGUAGCAAAGAUAGACCCCAAAAUAGCUUACCUAGGAAGACCAUGGAAGUCAUAUUCCAAAGUUGUUAUUAUGGAUUCAAACAUCGAUGACAUUUUUGAUCCUGAAGGUUACAUGCCAUGGAUGGGAAGUGCUUUUAAAGAUACAUGUACAUUUUAUGAGUACAAUAAUAAAGGUCCUGGUGCUGACACAUCAAAAAGAGUUAAAUGGCCUGGUGUUAAGAGUAUAUCUUCAACUGAAGCAGCUGCUUUUUAUCCCGGUAAAUUCUUUGAGAUUGCGAAUGCAACCGAUCGUGAUACUUGGAUUGUGAAGUCUGGAGUUCCUUAUUCACUUGCUGCUUUGGAUGCUACAAGUAACCAAGGGGCUACUCCAGGUCAGGGAACUGUAACUGGAACUGGAGCUGGAGCUGAAGGUCCAGCUCCAGCUGAAGGUCCAGCUUCAGCUGGAAAGAGCAGUGGUUUAGUUAACAAAGGUAAAGUUAAGGAUAAUACUCAUAACUUCGGUCAAUAA